AUGGCCACGCGGGAGCUGAAGAGUGUGGGCGGCGGGGAGCCAGACCUUGAGCCUGUCUAUACGAUUGAGUCAGAUAACUCUCCCUACCCUGAAGUACGAGCCAAUGUGCCCAACACCGAUGAUCCAACUCUACCAGUCAAUACCUUACGAAUGUGGUUUCUAGGAUGCGCCUUCGCUCUGAUCGGAUCCGGCAUCAACUCGUUCUUCUCCGUGCAUUAUCCAAGCGUAACAAUCACAAGUCUUGUCACCCAAUUGAUCUCAUUCCCAGCUGGCUGCGGCCUUGCAUUGAUCCUACCUCUGAAGACAAUCACCAUCUUUGGCUACUCUUUUUGCAUUAAUCCGGAUCGAAAUUUCAAUGUCAAGGAACACACCGUCAUCACAAUCAUGUCGAAUCUAAGCUUCGGCACAUCAUGGGCGACUGAUAUCAUCCAGGCGCAGAAGGCAUUCUACGGGCUGAAGGCGCCCAUUGGCUAUCAGCUCCUCCUGGGUUUGACAAUGCAGCUGUUCGGUCUUGGAAUCGCUGGCCUCGCAUAUCGAUUCAUUGUGGAGCCGCCUGAAAUGGUACGUCCAACAAGUCUCUCUACGGAUGCCUUGCUGAUUAUUCAACAGAUUUGGCCUUCGACGCUGGCCAAUGCUGCUCUCUUCGAGACCUUGCACAGUCGUGCUAAUCCCAUCGCAAACGGUUGGCGUAUCUCUCGAUAUCGUUUCUUCUUGUACGUCUUUGCCGGCAGCUUCUGCUGGUACUGGUUCCCUGGCUUCAUCUUUACAGCUCUCAGCACAUUCGCAUUCAUAUGCUGGGCAGCUCCGAACAAUGUUCGCGUGAACAACGUCUUUGGCAUGUCCAGUGGUCUCGGGAUGAUGCCUAUCACAUUCGACUGGGCCCAGAUCGCCUAUAACGGCUCUCCUCUAGUAGUACCGUUCUGGGCUCAAGCGAAUUCAUUUGCCGGUUUCUGUUGUUUCUUCGCUUUGACAGCCCCGAUCCUGUACUACACGAACACUUGGUACACGUCAUACCUGCCAUUGUCAUCGAGCAAUUCUUACGACAAUACUGGAGCCAUCUACAAUGGAUCAAGAAUCGUCGACGAACACGGCAACUUUGACGUGGAAGCUUACAAGGCUUACAGCCCAGUCUUCAUGCCUGUCACCUUUGCCCUGGGCUACGGUAUCAGCUUCGCGGUGAUGGCAGCACUGAUCAGCCAUAUCUUCUUGUACCACUUUCAGGAUAUCAUGCGCUCGUUCAAGGGCAACAGACCGAAGGACUGUCAUGCUCGUAUGAUCGAGAAAUACCCGGACGCCGCCUGGUGGUGGUAUGCGAUUUUGGCGGUUACUGUCCUGGGUCUGAGCAUCAUGACCAUGUAUGUCUACGACAUCGGCAUGCCGUUCUGGGGCGUUCUGAUUGCUUUCGGAAUGGCAAGCUUGUACAUCGUGCCGGUUGGCGUGGUGUAUGCUGUUGCCAAUCUGAACAGCAAUGUGCUCACGGUCUUGGGCGAGAUCAUCUCUGGCUACUUACUACCUGGGAAGCCCAUAGUCAUGCUAAUCUUCAAGUUCUAUGCCUACACCGCCCUCUCGCAAGCCAUGAACUUUUCUUCAGAUCAAAAGCUUGGACUGUACAUGAAGAUCCCUCGAAGAACGCUUUUCGUCGCUCAAUUUGUUGGCUGCGUUCUCGGCAGUCUCAGUCAGCAAGGAGUUCUGAUCUGGAUGUUAGGCCACAUUGACAAUAUCUGCGCGGAGGAUCAGAAGAGUGGCUAUACUUGCCCGCAAGGCCGAGUGAAUUUCGUGUCUUCCAUCGUCUGGGGUGCAAUUGGCCCGGCACGCAUGUAUAGCAUCGGCAAGAUCUAUUCUGGUCUACUCCACAUGUUCUGGCUCGGUGCACUGCUACCCAUCGUCACAUUUCUCCUGAAGAAGCGUUUCCCGCACAACAAGUUUUUGAAUGCAAUCCACUGGCCGAUCUUCUUUGCUGGCACUGGCAACAUGCCUCCUGCGACUGGUGUCAACUACACUACAGCUUUUGUUGCUAGCUAUAUAUUCAACAAGUACAUCAAGAACCGCUACAAGCAGUGGUGGGCGAAGUACAAUUACGUACUUUCGGCGGCGCUAGACUCUAGCGUUGCUGUUAGUGCGAUUGUCCUGUUCUUCUGCGUGAUCUUUCCCGGUGCGAGCUUGAGCUGGUGGGGAAAUACAGUAAACUCGAAGACAGUCGAUGGCAAGGGGACUCCAAGAUUCCAGAUCCCUGUGAAUGGCACGUUUGGGCCAGUCUCGUGGAGUUGAGAAGAUAUCGCGGGCUGUGAUACCCCUGCAGUAAGGAUGAGGAGGGCAAUGAUGGGGUCAGCUUGAGGGUGUCGCUUUCGUGGAUCACAAUGUAGCAGGCUUGAUCGGUUUGACCGAGCCCUGUAACGGAGGAGGACUCGGUUAAUUGAAUCACAGGGUGUAGGUUGGUUCUCUAGGAUGACUUGUUGCGCGCCUGGCUGUUCGUGGCGUUGCAGCAGAAUCGGAC